CCAAGUCCAGACUAUCCUUGACCUGAGUGGAGAAGACGUCCAGAUGCUCCUAUUACCAAGCACCUUGGGCUCGACCGCCUCAUCUUCUAAUCCGAUCCUUGUUUACAGGUAAUCACACUAGAUGCCAAGCCCCAAAUCCACAUCCCUUGAUGGUUUCGACUUCGGGAGUUUCUCCGAGUCAAAACCGAGCCAAGACGUGCAGCGUCACCAAAAACCAUCGCUUAUGUCUUGCCAAUAUCUACCUAAUUGUCAAACAGCGCAACGAUAGUCGGGCAUUGGCUAUGAGCUCUUUGUCAAAGCAUCCCGGCGGACCAAUAACCCUUGCUGCUUUUCAUUUCGGCCGUGAGCUAACGGUCUUCCGGAGGGAAACAUGCAUAACGCCCCACUGCGCUCUCUCCUUGGCUCUCGGUGGAAAACAUGACGAUCAACCCCAAGUACUCUACUAGUACUGCGCCGGUGAUUCGAUCUUGUUACGCUGCUUGGCCUAGGCCGCCAUGCUGAAAUAAUCUCUCGCCUGGUUGGAGAAUGGCCAGCCCGUGCUACCCUAUGUGGUGCCUGGAUUAUACAUCAUGCUGCUUCCAAUAGAGCUUCCCAUUGGCUCACUGCAGGAUGCCCUCGGCAGAUGUUUUUCAUUGCUCUGGAGGCCGCAUGCAUAUAAAUUGUGCUUUGUGUCUCCGUUCCAUGUUCCGCGUUUAGUUCUUCGGCAGGUCAAUUAAAGCUGAGCUUCCCAGUUGUAUUCCGGACAGUAAUCUUUCUACCUUUCUGUCGUGAUGCAUGCGCUCGCCCUUUUCACGGGCCUGGUUGGUAUUACCAAUGCCGCUUGUCCUUAUAUGACAGGCGAUGUCGCCGGCAGUCCUCACAGCAUCGAACGUCGCAAUGAUGGGGAUGCUGCCGCCACUGAAGAAUUCCUCUCCCAAUUCUACCUGGAUGACCAGGAUACCUACCUGACCUCUGACGUUGGUGGUCCCAUUGAAGACCAGAACAGUCUCAAGGCAGGCGAACGUGGUCCGACUCUACUCGAGGAUUUCAUCUUCCGCCAGAAGAUCCAGCGAUUUGACCAUGAGCGAGUACCUGAACGUGCGGUUCACGCUCGAGGCGCCGGAGCCCAUGGCACAUUCACAUCCUACGGAGACUGGUCCAACCUAACAGCGGCCUCCUUCCUCUCCGCCAAGGGCAAGCAAACCCCGAUGUUCACGCGUUUUUCCACUGUUGCUGGAAGCCGCGGAAGUGCCGAUACGGCACGAGAUGUACACGGUUUUGCAACCCGAUUCUAUACAGAUGAAGGAAACUUCGACAUUGUUGGAAACAACAUCCCCGUUUUCUUCAUCCAGGAUGCCAUCCUCUUCCCAGAUCUGAUCCACGCUGUCAAGCCCCGCGGCGACAAUGAGAUCCCUCAGGCGGCCACUGCGCAUGACUCCGCUUGGGAUUUCUUCAGUCAGCAGCCUAGUACGCUGCACACGCUCCUCUGGGCAAUGGCUGGUCACGGUAUUCCUCGGUCAUUCCGUCAUGUCGAUGGCUUUGGUGUGCACACCUUCCGUAUGGUUACCGACAAGGGUGCAUCCAAGCUUGUUAAGUUCCAUUGGAAGGGUUUGCAGGGUAAGGCCAGCUUUGUUUGGGAAGAGGCACAGCAGGCUGCUGGUAAGAAUGCGGACUUUAUGCGUCAGGAUCUGUUUGAGGCUAUUGAGGCCGGUCGAUUCCCCGAAUGGGAGCUCGGUGUUCAAAUCAUGGACGAAGAGGACCAGCUUCGUUUCGGAUUCGACCUUUUGGAUCCUACCAAGAUCGUCCCAGAGGAACUCGUGCCCGUCACAAAGCUGGGCAAGAUGCAACUGAACCGCAACCCAAUGAACUAUUUCGCAGAGACCGAGCAAGCAAUGUUCCAACCAGGCCACAUCGUCCGCGGCAUCGACUUCACAGAAGAUCCCCUCCUCCAAGGCCGAAUCUUCUCCUACCUGGACACCCAACUAAACCGCCACGGCGGCCCCAACUUCGAACAACUCCCAAUCAACCGUCCCAGAGUCCCAAUCCACAACAACAACCGCGACGGCGCCGGCCAGAUGUUCAUCCCCCUAAACAAAGACGCCUACACCCCAAACACCCAGAACGCCGGCUCCCCAAAGCAAGCCAACCAAACCGUCGGAAACGGCUUCUUCACUGCGCCCGACCGCACAACAACCGGCCACCUCACGCGCUCCAAGAGCUCAACCUUCGAAGACGUCUGGUCGCAGCCCCGUCUCUUCUGGAACUCACUCGUACCAGCCGAGAAGCAAUUCGUCGUUGACGCCAUGCGCUUCGAGAACUCAAACGUGAAGAGCUCAGUCGUGCGUAAUAACGUUAUCAUCCAGUUAAACCGGAUUAGCAAUGAUCUCGCGAGGCGAGUAGCCAGCGCAAUUGGCGUCGAUGCCCCGGAACCAGAUUCAUCUUACUACCACGAUAACACGACCGCACACAUCGGAGCCUUCGGCGAGAAAUUGUCCAAGCUGGAUGGUCUGAAGGUUGGACUGCUUGCCUCUGUCGCCAAUGCGUCGUCGAUAAGCCAAGGCGCGAAGUUACAAUCUGCGCUUAAAUCCGCUGGAGUUGAUGUUGUCGUUGUCGCGGAGAGAAUGGCGGAUAAUGUUAACCAGACGUAUUCCGCUUCUGAUGCUGUGCAGUUUGAUGCUGUUGUUAUUGCCGAUGGGGCGGAGGGUUUGUUCUCUUCGGGCUCUUUUACUGGUUCGCCUAAGAGUAAGGGUUCUGGGGCUACUUCCUUGUAUCCUGCUGGUCGGCCUUUGGAUAUUCUCCUUGAUGCUUUCCGCUUUGGAAAGCCUGUUGGGGCUGUUGGGAAGGCUUCUGCUGCGCUGCGUGCUGGGCAGAUUUCGGCGGAUCGCGAGGGUGUUUAUGUUGGUAGUCAGGUUGGGGAGGACUUUGCUAAGGAUGUUAAGGAGGGAUUGCGGACUUUCAAGUUCUUGGAUCGGUUUGCUUUGGAUGAAUAA